AUGAGCUAUGUUAGAAGUUAAAUAUUUAUGAGUACAUGAUACUUUUUAUUUUGUAAUUACAUUUUAAAAACAGAGAGGCAUUUAUUUUUCUUAGGCACCAGGAGGAUGGACCAUUGUAUUAGUUCUGGCAGGUGUUACCUGCUGCUUGGGAUCAGCUGUUCCAGCAGGAUACAACAUAGGAGUAUUAAAUAAUGCAGCCCAUCUAGUGGGAGCUUUUUGCAAUGAAAGUAUUAAGGAACGAUAUUACAUAGACGUAUCUGAAAGCGGUUUGAAAAUAGUUUGGUCUAGUAUUGUCUCAAUUUUUCUCAUUGGUGGAGCAGCUGGUUCGUUUCUCUCAAGUUGGAUAGCAGACAGAUAUGGAAGGAAAGGAGCAUUAUGUGUCGGAAACAUAUUUGGCAUUAUAGGAGCUGGGAUGUUUUUUCUAAUACUCAAAUUAAAUUCAAUUGAAAUUCUUUUAGCAGGCCGAUUUUUUGUUGGUCUGUCUGGAGGUUUUGCAACAAGUAUAGUACCAAUGUAUAUGUCAGAAAUUGCGCCGCUUAGGCUAAGGGGUGCAGUUGGAGUAAUAUGUCAAUUGGGAAUUACAUGUGGAGUGUUUUUAGGACAAAUUGCAGGGCUCAAUACAGUUUUAGGGACUGAGAAUUCCUGGCAUUACAUGCUAGGAGCAUUUAUUCCGUUGUGCAUAUAUGCUUUAAUUUUUACAAGUAUUGUUUUACCAGAAAGUCCUAAAUAUCUGUACAUAAUCAGGGAACAGAAGCAGAAAGCUUUAGAUGAACUGAGUAGAAUACGUAAAAUGGACAUAAUGUUGUUAGAAGUGGAAAUUUCUAGUCUGCAACAGGAAAUCGAAAAAAAAACAACAGCUGAACCUUGGACAAUUAAGCGGAUUUUGAGUGAUCCAAGUCUGAAGCUUCCUGUAUUUUUAGUUUGUAUGAUACAAUUCGGGCAACAAAUGAGCGGUAUAAACGUUGUGUUUUACUAUUCUAACUCCAUAUUUAUCGAUGCCGGACUUGGCAUUACUGGAGCACAAUACGCUACUCUUGGAACUGGUGCAGCUAACAUUGGCAUGGCACUUGCCUCAGUACCAGUGAUGUCAUCUUUUAACAGGAGAGGUGUCUUACUUAGCAGUAUUUAUUUGUGCUUUGGAUGUUUGAUCGUUUUAUGUACUUCUAUUUUAUUGAUUCAUCUAUCAUCACACAUGCCUGUAAUAUGCACGAUAGCCGUUUUGGUUUAUGUGAUAUUUUAUGGAAUCGGCCUUGGACCAAUACCGUAUUUCAUUGGAUCUGAAUUAUUUGACGUUGGUCCCAGGCCAAUAGCUAUGGCACUUGGAAGUGUCGGCAAUUGGGGUGGAAAUUUUAUAGUAGGCAUGACAUUUCCAAUAGUAGAAAGCGUCAUAGGACCAUAUACUUUUUUAAUAUUUGCUGGGUUUCUUUUAUUAUUAGGACAAAUCGUGAGGAUAUACUUACCUGAGACGAGAGGAAGGAACACAAUGGAUGUAGCAGCAUCAAUAAGUCAAGGAUUCAAGUCUAGACCAAAUUCCAUCCAUAACGCUUAA